AUAAAUACGUUCACGGUCAGGUCGUUACAGCUUUCACAUUUUGCUUAAUUUUGCUUAUGGUUCGUGCGAAGUACGGCACCCAUCCUUUGAGGUUAAUCGAACAUACUACUUCAAAGUCGACGUACUAAUGUUUUUACAGUCAGAUAAUAGUUAUUUAGGCUACCCAAUUUUUUUCAAUAAGAAAAAACCAAAAGACAAACGAGAAUACAAAUGGUAAGAUUGUUGUAUUAAAGAAACUUGGAUAGAAAAUGUUUUAAAGACAGAAAAUGCGACAAUACCACGUAUCGGUAUGCAUGAUACAGGACAAAAGAGAACGCGAAAUUACAGCGGAAAAACUGCAUUGCGGUUUCGCUUAAAUACCAUAGAAUAUAACUAUUCUGGAAAAACCUGCUCCUUGACAGUAGGAAUCAACCUAUAGCACUUUAAAUGACCGUAAUCUUCGUUCAUAAGUAUGAACAAAACAACAACUCAAGACAUAAUGGCUGAGAAAACCAGUUUAUGGAUAUUUGGCUACGGUUCCUUGGUCUGGAAACCGGAUUUCAAAUUCAAAAUGAGCGAAAUUGGGUACAUCCAGGGUUACAAGAGACGGUUCUGGCACGGCGACAAUUUCCACAGGGGAAAUAAGGAUAUGCCUGGCAGAGUGGUGACUCUUGUGGAAGAUAAAGACGCGUGUACUUGGGGUGUGGCUUACGAAGUUAAUGGCUCCGAGAUUGAAGAGUGCCUAAAGUACCUGAACAUGAGGGAGGCCGUGUUGGGUGGGUACAUCACCCGGGCUGUAGAGUUCUUCCCCCGGGAGGAGUGCCACCUGCCACACCUGGCCCUGGUCUACAUCGCCACCUGUGACAACCCCAUCUACCUGGGGCCCGCCAGUCCGGAGGAGAUCGCGGCCCAGAUCGCCAUCUGCAGGGGCAAGACCGGCCAUAACAUUGAGUACCUGCUCCGCCUGGUAGAGUUCAUGAGGUCAUACUGUCCUGAAGUUGAGGAUGAACACCUGUUUGCCAUUGAGGCUGCCACCCUAUCACUGAUGCCUUACCUGUUGGGAUCCAAGCAGGCCAUGUCUGCUUUUGCAUCAGCCUGAAUGUACACUAAAUUUAAAUGACACAUUACUCCAAAACAUAAACAGUCAUAUAAGUCACUGUAUUGUGUUUCUGUUAUUAGCCACAUUUUGUGUCCUUAUGCAUGUAAUAGUAAUACAGAACUAAUUAGGUACACAACUGUAGACACAACAGUGUUCUAUGUUUACCCGAAUUGUGCAAUAGUAAUUACAUCCUUUUCCCAUCAAAUUAGUUAGACGUGUUAUAUGCAGGUCCUGGAAUUGACGUGGUGCCAACUGCAGGUUGCUAUAUGGAUUUAUGUUUACAUGAAUUAUCAAUACUGUGUGGUGAAUGGUAAUCUCUUCAUUCCUUAUCUUGGUGCAGAGUACACAUGAAUGAAUGGGCAGUGGUAAUACCUCUAGCAUGUAUGUUUGUAUGUAUGAUGGUAUACAUAGUGAUGCUGUUCGACAGCUGUCCUUUGUCCUAUAUUAUCUUUGUGGAUAUUUGUCCUUUGUUGGAAAAGAAAAUAUUUAUUUCUUAUUUAAUCUCUAUUUUUUCAUGCACAACAUGCUUCAAUAAAGUAUACAUUUUAA